UAUUCAUUUUAUUUGAGCAGUUUUAUUAAUUUAUUUAAUUGAGUUUAAUUAACUAUCCUAAUCUGUUUUACUGUAUAAAGUGUUAUUUAAAUUUUUAUCAAAUAUGAGUUCGAAUUUUAAACGUGAAAGCGGAACACUUGAUAGUUUUUUUAUGCCCCGAGAAAAAAAACCUAAAAAUGCGACUAAUACUGCCAUUUGUGCUACUAGUUCACACGAGCUAGUGAUGCCCAAUGAAGAUAAUUUUGUUAGUGAUAGUCAAAUCGAUAAUCAAAUACAAGAUGUAUGGGAUACUUCCAAAAUUUGGCGGACAUUAGGUUUUUCUGAAUUUGAAAGUGUAGUUGACUUCCGUUCAAGAAAUGUUUUUUCUAGUUGCAUGAAAGCAUUAAAUAUACUCCCAACUUCAACAGCUGAUUGUGAACGAGGGUUUUCCGAUAUGAAUUUGACAAUAACUGAUUUAAGGACUAGAUUAAACAUUGAAAAUGUGUCAGAUUUGAUGUUCAUCUCUAUCAAUGGCCCUUCAGUUGCAGAUUUUAAUCCUAGACCUUAUAUUAAAAUUUGGUUAAGAGAUCACCGUUCUGCCGUUUCCACUCCUAGAGGUAAAGAAAGAAAAGAAAUAGACGACGAAAAUAAGAUGCAGAAAUUA